CGUUGGGGGCAGGAUUUGAGUUUCUUUAGGGGGAUUAUGUGCACAUAGCGUGAGGAAUGGGGAUACCUGCCUGUCAUGAUUUAGAUAUUGUACUGUUUUUUUUCUUUUAAGUAAUACACAGCCUGGUUGGGUUUUUUUUGUUGUUGUUCUCGCAUUAAGUUUUUUCUAAAUCCUGAAACGAGAAUGUGUAACUGACACGCCUUGCAGGAAAAUUUAGUAUGGAAAUUUCAUUGAUAACCUAAGACUUUUCACCAAAGGAGGAAGUGGUGGAAUGGGCUAUCCUCGUUUAGGUGGAGAAGGUGGAAGAGGUGGUGAUGUCUGGGUUGUAGCCCAUAAAAAAAUGACAUUAAGGCAACUUAAAGACAAAUAUCCUCAGAAACGAUUUGUGGCUGAAGGAGGAGCAAAUAGUCAGGUUAGUGCACUGAAAGGCUCCAAAGGAAAGGACUAUGAAAUCCCUGUACCUUUGGGUAUUUCAAUAACAGAUGAAAAUGGUAAAAUUAUAGGAGAACUCAAUAAUGAAGGUGAUAGAAUUUUGGUAGCUGAAGGAGGUCUUGGUGGUAAAUUACUUACAAAUUUCUUACCAUUGAAAGGGCAGAAACGAAUAAUUCACCUUGAUCUAAAACUUAUCGCUGAUGUAGGCCUAGUAGGAUUCCCAAAUGCUGGAAAAUCCUCUUUGCUAAGUCGAGUUUCUCAUGCAAAACCUGCAAUUGCAGAUUAUGCAUUUACAACAUUAAAGCCUGAACUUGGAAAGAUUAUGUACAAUGAUUUCAAACAGGUAUCAGUAGCUGACCUUCCAGGUUUAAUAGAAGGAGCACAUAUGAACAGAGGAAUGGGCCACAAAUUCCUGAAGCACAUAGAAAGAACUAGACAACUUCUUUUUGUUGUUGACAUUUGUGGAUUUCAGCUUUCUUCCAAAACUCAAUACAGAACUGCUUUUGAAACUAUACUACUGCUUACAAAAGAGUUGGAGUUGUACAAAGAGGAACUUCAGACAAAACCUGCCCUCCUGGUAGUUAAUAAAAUGGACUUGCCAGAUGCCCAAGAUAAAUUCCAUACAUUGAUGGACCAGCUUCAGAAUCCUAAGGAUUUUUUGCAUUUAUUUGGGAAAAACAUGAUUCCAGAGAAGACUAUGGAGUUCCAACAUAUCAUCCCUAUAUCUGCAAUUACUGGAGAAGGAAUUGAAGAAUUAAAGAAUUACAUAAGAAAAUCACUGGAUGAGCAUGCCAACCAGGAAAAUGAUGCAUAUCAUAAGAAACAGUUGCUGAAUUUACAGAUUUCUACUACGGCAUCUUGCAGUGAGCCACUGUCAAAGCAUAUUGUUACUGGGCACAGGUCUCAUGUGCCAAGAAUGUAGAGGGUAUUACAUGGAUGGUGUUGAAGAGAACAGAGAGGAUCUGCUGCCUUCAUGGAGCCCACAUUUAGUAGCAGAAACUGCAGAGGGUUGCAGUUCCACUUUACAACAAAAGAAUAAGGGUGGGAGAAAGCAUUUAGAAUUUGUACUGAUCAUGGUGAUCAUGUUUCAUAUUAUGUUUUAUAUUCAUUACUUAAGUAUCAUUUCCUUUUUCUCUGCUAUAUUAACUCCUAAAUAUAAACAAGUAUCAUUGUGAGGACAGUUUAAUCAGAUGAAUUCCUGACAACAUGAUCUUACUUUGCACUGUGGCAGAGGACAGUAAAUGUAUGUUGAGGAUUAAGAGGAAUACUGCCUAUCCUAUUUGCUCUGUCAGUAAUACCCAGGGAACCAGGCCCCAACUAAGUGACGCAUUUUAUUAGGUGAUUCACUAAAAUGUUCCACUUAGUAGUAUUUUCUAGUCACUAAAAGUGUACUUUAUAUACCUUUAUUUGACCUUUGAUUUUUAUUCUAAACAAAAGGAAAAAAUCCAGGUGCCUUUUGCAUUUAUGAAAGUUAAAUUUUAAAAACAUUAGGAUUUGUUUUGUAGUAAUAACUUUUAAUAUUUAAGAUCCAUUUUAUUUUGCCCUUUAGGACUUUUCAUUUUUAACUUUAAAAAUGCAUUCUUCAAAUAUAAACUUUUUAGAAUACUUAAUCAUUAGAGGUAUUACUGAAUAACACUGGUAUUAAAUGCAGUAUAUAGCAACAUUUUUCUUUUUUUUGCAGUUUUUGGCAGGGGCUGAGUUUGAACCCACCACCUCCGGCAUAUGGGGCCGGCACCCUACUCUGUUGAGCCAUAGGCGCCCCCCAGAAUAUAGCAAAUUUUUACAAAGUCCUACUAGUUCUUGCAGAGUUUGCUGUAACAGGUUGAUUUACCAUCAUAAAAUACAAGUUUUAUACCCAUCGAUACUGUCUGAUACUGUACUGGGAAGUUGGAUCUGUACCAUAAAUAUUCGACCUAAGGAAUAAACAAUUCCAGAAUACCUAUUAUGCUUUUUGUGAUAUGUACCCAUAUCAUGGCAAAAUGAACUUUAUGUUUUCUUUUAAAUGGUAUUAGUUAUGUAAUAAGGGAAAAUUAUAAUAGGAAAAAUUAGGUCAGAGUUUUAUUAAUUUCAGGUUUUUAGUUUUCUUGUGAUGUUGUGUGUUUCCUUUUAGCUUAGAGCUUAUUUGCUGUGCAGUGAUGGACUUUAGAGAUUCCUUAGAGUAGUUAAUAAAAAUCUGAAAGCUACAGAUUUUUUCCUUGGCAAAAAAACGUACAGAAACACUUGAAACAUUUUUAAAUCAGUUUCAAAGGGUUUGCAGAGUUCAGAUUUAAAACUUAGUUAACAAAGGUAAGUUCAUCCAGAAAUCAACAGUGUUAUUAAGGUGCAUUAAAAAUGUUUCAAAGUAACAGCAUAAGUACACUUACAAAGGAUAGCUUUAAAAGUGGAAAUUACCAUUAAUGCAAAUUAUAAGCCUACAAUUCUUGUGACACCUUAUCACAAGAAUAUGGUUAACAUUUAAAGACCACAUAGUGAAUUUAAUGUGUAUUUUUGAAUCCAUGAGACUAUCUUAAAUUUGGUUUAAAUCUGUCCUUCCUUACAGAAUAGAUAAGUAAAACAAAUCCAGAAUUUUCAUAAGCUGAGGAAUGUGCUGAGCAGAUCACAAAUAAUAACUUUUUAAAACAUGGUGCGAUAUUGCUUCCUGGUCACAUAUAUUUUUAGCUUGGGUUGUGUAUAUAUGAGGUUUUGUUUUUUUCUAACUUGUUCAAGCGUCUAAAAUAAUUUUAUUUUUUAAAAAGACUUUUAGGGUUGGGGUGGAGGGAGGGUAAAUGGUGGGGCCACACCUACAGUGCAUCUUAGAAUGGGUACAAGCGAAACUUACUAAAUGCAGAAUACAAAUGUCUUCAUACAGUAACUAAGAAAAUGCCAUGAAGGCUAUAUUAAACAGUUUGAUGAAAAUAUUUCAGAUUGUAUAUGAAACCAGCACAUUGUACCCCUUGAUUGCACUAAUGAAUGCAGCUAUGAUUUAAUAAAAAAAUAAAAAAUAAAUAAAUAAAAAUAAAAAGACAUUUAGAAAAAAAUAGUUUGCCUUAUAAAAACUUAUAACUGAGGAAUUGAGCCAGUGAGGUAAAUACAGUUGACAUAAAAUGUUGGCAGACAGCAUUCUAUAAUUUUUACCUCAAAGCUAAACAUUAAUGAAAAGCAUCUUAAAGAAAUAUUUCAUAUGUAUUUUAUUUGGUUUCUGUUUUCUGAGUAGAGCUUGGCAAGUACGGGUAAUAAUGUGUUAGGGGAACCUCUUUAGCUUUGCAUGGGUAUCACUAGCCAGCUAAAGGAAAAGCAAAUAGAUAAUAGAAAUGAGAAAGAGAGGAAAGAAAGAAAAAUAUAGGUGUUGGAAAGUUGUAAUAUGUCCCUAUGAAUAACUUAGGAGUAACAGAUACGGUUAUUGCCUUAUUUGACUAUUGUAAGCAUGAAAAAGCUGGAGGCAAUUUCAACUACUGUUUCUGACCAUAACCAACCACUAAUUUUAGGCAAUUCUAUUAAUAUUUAAAAUUUUUUUCUCUCACAGUGUGACAGUUGCUUAAUCAGUAGUUGGGUACUUGAAAGACUUCAAAGGAAGUAAGCACCUUUGUAUAUAUUAUAAAUGUGUUUAUAAUAGAAAUUAAAUUAUUUGGGAUGCCCAGGUACCAGACUAUGCAAGACAUAGUUAUUAUCUGAAUCCCAUCUGUUGAAAUACUUGGAAUUUGAAAAACAGGAUAUGUAGUUUAUAUUGUAACUAAUUUUGGAGCAAUAUAUGGGAAGAUGGUUUUUGCUAUUAAUUUUGUAAACUCUUAAGUGCAUUGAAAGUUGAAAGCAAAGGGAAAAGCUUCCUUUGUACGUGGCCCAUAUUCCAAUGUGCUUUUCUGAAAUCACCAUGAUUUUCUGAUCAGUGCCUUCACUUUUUAUUUGGUUAUCAGACAUGAUUGGUAUUAUUUCUGUAUAAAAGCCUUUAAUAAGACUGUGAUGCAAUUUUCUUAAGAAAAAGAACAUGAUUAUAAAGCUAUAAUAUGCCUUCAGUUUUAUUUGUGUAUGAUUGUGUACAAAUUGAGCAAGAUUGAGAAUAUUUUAAAUCAAGGGCAGAUACUGAGUAAAAAGCUUAUGACUUUGGAUGGAUUUGAAACAAAAUUCAAUCACAGUAAAUAAAAGCCCCUGGGAAAUAAGAGUACUCU